GUCCGGGCGGCUGCCAUUUUUGCGGGGGGUGGCGGUGCGGUGCCUUGAACCACCUUGGGACUUCGCCAUGUUGAGGUCAGAUACCGCCGCUCGGGGCUCCCGGCGGCCGCGGCGCGGGUGGCUGAAGGCCUUGGAAAGCCUCCUGCCGUGGGCCAGCACCGGCUCCUCGCCCGGCUGCUCGUGUGUGCCCCUUGCCUGUCCGCACCCCCGCGGUUGGUCCGGGCGCCAUUUCCCACCGCCGAGCUGCGACCCGGCCGUGACGGCGGUAGGUGCAGGGUAUGCCCGCGGGCACAGCCGCCUGGGAAAUACGCCUCUUGCUCUUAGGAGGGUGUUUAUAAGGAGGGAACGUGUGCUUCAGCUGUGUUUCUCAAAUUCUAAGGACCUAGAAAGCUACAAGAAAAAAAAGUCAGGAGGUGUAUAGAUACAGAAUCAUAGAAUGGUUUGGGUUGGAAGGACCUUCAAAGGUCAUCUAGUCCAAUCCCCUGCAAUGAGCAGGGACAUCUUCAACGAGAUCAGAUUGCUCAGAGCCCCGUCCAGCCUGGCCUGGAAUGUUUCCAGAAGUGGGGCAUCCACCACCUCUCUGGACAAACCUGGGCCAGUGUUUUACCACUCUCAUUGUAAAAAAUUGCUUCGUCACAUCUAGCCUGAAUUUCCCCUCUUUUAAUUUAAAGCCAUUACCCCUUGUCCUGUUGCUACAGGCCCUGCUGAAAAGUCUGUCCCCAUCUUUCUUAUAAGUACUGAAAGGCCACAAUAAGGUCUCCCCAGAACCUUCUCUUCCCCAGGCUGAACAGCCCCAACUCUCUCAGCCUGCCCUCACAGCAGAGCUGUUCCAGCCCUCUGAUCAUCUUGGUGGCCUCCUCUGGCCCCUCUCCAACAGGUCCAUGUCUUUCCUGUGCUGAGGGCUCCAGAGCUGGACACAGGACUCCAGGUGGGGUCUCACCAGAGCAGAGCAGAGGGGCAGAAUCACCUCCCUUGACCUGCUGGCCAUGCUCCUUUUGAUGCAGCCCAGGAUAUGGUGGGCUUUCGUGGAAGGCUGUAUCUCUGCUGAAAAAAACUAAUAAUUUACAUAGCAAAAAGAGUAAACACCAGUAUCUUAGACAGCCAUAAACUCAGCAAAACAAUGUCAUUGUGCUGUAAAGCAGUUGGACCUAGCCAUGGUCUACAACCAGUAGUCUCUUUGCCCCACUUCUAGCAUUUAGACUACAUUAAACAUUUUGGGUCAGCUAGGAAAAACAAACAAAACCCCACAACCUUAUUAUUUCUAUAUUUUCCACUGUUUAUACACAUUGUUUAAGGAAAAGUGCUCAAAAGACAGAGUCUAAUGACAGUCAAUCCCCUACUCCUCUUAAUAGCAAGAAAAACAUCUGAUGCAGACACCAUCGACUUCUUCAGUACAAAGCAGAUUAAAUCUAUGUGACUGAUGUCACAUGUGCUACUGAACAGUCAACAACUGAGCUGGAACUCAGGUCCUGUUCGUCACCUUGCUUCACAAGAUGAUAUGCGAGGGUAAAUAUUUUUGCAGUAGCAGAUUUAAGAUAUACUGAAUUCAAUUCCUUUCCCUAUCAGAAACAGCAUUUUUUUACUUUCUAUAAAUCACAACUCCUUCCAUGCAGCCUGCAUAUCUCCCUUCAAUUAAUACAAAUUUAGUAACUGCGAUACUGACUACUGUUAAAAUUUCAAAUAAUUUAUAAACAAAAAAUGGUAAAAAUGGUACUAGUUUUGCAGCUUGAGACAAACCAAGGAAAAGAGAAAGAGCAUAAAAGGAAUCUUCCGAGUUUCCUGUUUCUCUGCUGUUGUCUCAGAUUGAAAUUGUUCCGUGCUUGAAAAAGAAAUUAAAUCGAAACUCACUUGUACUGCUAUAACAAGCUUUUAUUUACAGGAAACAUUACAAAGGCUUUUCCAAUUUAGAUGUUAAUCUCUUUGUAUAGCCAAAGAAAUAGACCAUUUUGCAUUUACUCUUGUACAAAUAAUGAACUUUAGCCUCCAGUAUCCAUCCUAGUCAAGGAAGAAUAGCAUCAGAAGCAUCCAGUAAAAAUAGCUACUUCUACAUCUUUACUCUUUCUGCUACUGAAUUUUAGAAUUACCUACCCCUAAACCUAUCCAUGUUAUCUUUUUACCCUUCAGUUGUGAAACUUUUCAGAUGUGGAUCACAGUUCACUUUAUUCAUUUCCUUGCUUUGGACUCCAGUGUUUCAUGCUCAAGGCAAUCAAGAAGACUGUAGCACCUGGCUUUUAGUAUUAAGGCCAAAAUUAAAAGAGGUGGGGUUUAUGUCUGCAGAUGGUUUUGCAUGGCAAGUAUGAGAAAUCAUUCAAAACAUGCUAGGCAGCAUUUCAGGAUACAGCGGUCAGAUUGUUUUGAGACUAUGCAACAUCUUAAAUGUUUUAAGGGUGGAACAGAGUUCUAGUCCGCAGCUCCAGAAUCCCUGGGUAAAAAGGAUCUACUACAGCAGUGAAGAAGUACGGUCUUUAUAAAACUCUGACUAAAAACUGGGAUCCUGGAUGCUUACUGCCUAUCUGCUCUAUCCAAUGCAGGUUUCUCUUUCUUCGUGAUAUGCUACGUUACUCCCACGGAAAUCAGUAAAACUAGAUUUCAAAGAGGAGCUGGACCUGAUUUUUGACAUAUAACAAACCCAAACUUAUGGUUGUAAGCAUGGCAUUUAAAAGAUAAAUUAAAUCUAUAGUGCCUAUUCCAGGAGGAGCAGUGCUGCACUUUUUCUUAGAGGAGCAGGAAAUGGUGGGGGAUGAAAGUUUAGGCUUUAUGGAGAAAAUAAUAACUAGUGCAACUUUGUACAUUUUGUAAUAUUUUCAAUAAAAGUAUACUUCAAAUGUACUUUUUUUAACACCACAAAAUUAAUAAUUACAUUUUGUCUUCUCUUCCUCAUACUUUUUAAUCGCUCCCUCUUACAUUACCAGCCUAAUACAGCCACCCAGAGGAAAAUCCCUUAGAACUCAUUGGUUUGAUUCCUUGGCUCCCUGUGAAUAGCACUGUGAGAUUUUAAAGUUUCUACCUCAUAUGUGUUAAAUAUAUACACUAUCGAGGAUUUUUUUUUUCACUCUGAAGCCAUUUGAUUCAGCAAGUUUAUUCCUAUAGAUAUCAGUCUAUUUAGUUAAUCUUUUGGUUAAUCUUUUCUGGAAAAUACUGAGUGAAAAGACACUAUUGUAAUUGUAUGAAAGAGAACAGGGGACACAGUUACUGUGCCAAUCUUCAGUCAUUCAUCAUAAUUAAACUGCAUAGAAGAAAAAUAGAUAAACCAUGUAUAUGCCUAGUUACACAAAUAUAUGUAGUAGAAUCUAGUAGAACAAAACUGCUUCAGUGAUCCACUUGAAUUCUGGCAGGGCCUCGGUCACUCCCAGGAUUAGGAACUUAUCUGGUGCUUCAUUUUUGUGGUAAUUGGACCUGCCAACUCAGUUUUGUGAAAUGAUGAUACCUUACAAAAAGUAAACUCACAGUCACUGCUGGCUGCGUGGGUAUCCAGUCACAUAGUUUGGCUCCCUCUCAAAAGUAUUUGUAUACAACCAAACCAGGGGAACCCAACGACAGGGCACUUAAUAGCUGCCCCUUCUAUGGUUACCAACACAUAAAGUCCACUGAAGGGAAACAGCGUAUCUCCUUCCUCCAGUGAAGUAACUUCAUUGGCUUUUCAUCCAAGCAUCCAGCCAAAAAUUCUGGUUACUUUAGAAAAGAAAUUGCUCGUGCUUUGGCUACUCUACAAGAAAAAUGUUUUUGGAUAUUAUCUAAAUCACAUACUUUCAUAUACAAUGAAAAAUAACUUGUACUUUUCUUGUAGCACUGUGCCCUUUCCAGCCAGUGCCACAACCCAAAAUCUCCCUGCAGCCGUUGCUGACCCAUGUUACCGCCUCACCCUGCGCCUUCUCUGACCAUCUGUUUGCACCCACUACCCGUUCCCACAGCUCCAGUUUUUGACUGUCAAUCUGCCAUUUUUUCAUAGGCCUGUGCCUAUUUCGGAUCUGGAGUCUCUGCUAAAUAAGCAGCAGCUUAUGUUUGUAGAUAACAUCACAAAGAAGAAAAAAGGGCAAUAAUUACAGUGCCUGGUAGUACUCCUUGUCAAGGCAUUGUUUAAAGACACGAACGGUACCGGUGAGCCAGGCACCCAGCUCUCUCUCCAGUGGACACCGUGAGCUGCUUCUGUGCCAGGGCCGGGGCCCUGGGAGCAGCUGCCUGUUCGCUCUCCAGGGGGCGGAAGGAAAACGCUUAGCCCCCGUGCUGGGGCUGUGUCCGCUCCUCCGGGGCAGCGAGGCCUGCAGCUCCACCCGCCCUCAGGGAAGGCCGGCCAGGCCCGCCAGCCAUGCGGCGUGGGACAAAAAUAAAGCAAAGGAGAAAGAAAGGUCCAGGGGGCGGUGAAAGGGCCGGGAGCACCGCGCCAGCUCGCUCACGCACGCCCUCAGGGGCGGGAGCAGCGGCCCCCCGCGUUCACCCGCCGCCACCUCUGCCCUGCUGACCUCCCUGCUCCGCCCCGGGAAAAAACAUGUCGGGCCCCGCCGCCCCUCCCGGCGCCCGGGAACUACGGCUCCCAGCAGGCCCCGCGGCGGCAUGCAGGCCUCCGCCGGCUUCCCGGGAGGCAGCGCCGGGACUCCGGACUGCAGCUCCCGGCGUGCCAGCGCCGCCCCGCCUCCCGUCUUCCCAUCUCCGCGCUGUCUCCCUCCGUUCUCUGCUUCAGGGAAGUACUUGUCCUAUCUGCUGAAGUACACUGGACUGUUUUUUUUUCUCAUCACUGAAAAUACAUUAUACACUUAAGCAUAUAAAGAACGUAUACUGGCACUUGGGCAGAACAAUACGUGAAACCAGCCACAUUGUUUAUUUUGGAGAAAGAAAACUUCACCUGUGUUUAACAAGACUCUUCUUGGGAGGCAGAAACAGGAGGGAAAAACAUUGCUUUAAGGAAAUCUGAAGAUGAGCGCCCACACACAAACUGCAGAGAAAGGACAGAACACAACACUCCUGUGCCAGGAAAGCUAUGUUUGCAGUGGGACAGAUGAAGCAAUCUAUGAGUGCGACGAGUGCAGGAGCCUACAGUGCCAGCGUUGUGAAGAAGAGCUGCAUCAGCCAGAAAGGUUACGGAACCACGAACGGACCCGUAUAAGACCCGGCCAUGUCCCAUACUGUGACUCCUGCAGAGGUGCCAAUGGGAACAUAAUGCACGCCAGUAUGACGGGGUCGAGGCAGAUAGCAGCAGUGAGGUGCCAGGUGUGCAAAAUCAACCUCUGUGUGGAGUGUCAGAAGAGAACACAUGCAGGGGGGAACAAAAGGAAGCACCCUGUCACUGUGUACCAUCCUGGCAAAGCCCAGGAGCAUGAAGAGGAGGAGGGGAUGGAUGAGGAGACCAAGAGAAGGAAGAUGACAGAGAAAGUUGUGAGUUUCCUUUUGGUGGAUGAAACUGAGGAAAUUCAGGUAAGAAAUGAAGAAGACUUUAUUAAGAAACUGGACUGCAGUCCUGACCAGCAUCUAAAGGUAGUGUCCAUCUUUGGGAACACAGGGGAUGGCAAGUCUCACACCCUUAACCACACUUUCUUCUACGGCCGGGAAGUCUUCAAGACAUCUCCAGCCCAAGAGUCUUGCACAGUUGGAGUCUGGGCAGCCUAUGACCCUGUCCGCAAAGUCGUGGUAAUUGAUACAGAGGGGCUCCUGGGGGCCACUGUGAACCUGAGCCAGAGAACACGGCUGCUGCUGAAGGUCCUGGCCAUCUCUGACCUUGUCAUCUACCGUACUCGUGCUGACAGGCUCCACAAUGAUCUCUUCAAAUUCCUUGGUGAUGCCUCGGAGGCUUAUUUAAAACAUUUCACCAAGGAGCUAAAAGCUACCACAGCCCGCUGUGGCCUAGAUGUUCCUCUGUCAACUUUGGGUCCAGGUGUCAUCAUCUUUCACGAGACUGUGUACACCAAGCUACUGGGCUCUGAUCAUCCUUCUGAGGUUCCUGAGAAGCUCAUUCAGGAUCGGUUUCGGAAGCUAAGCUGUUUUCCUGAGGCUUUCAGCUCAAUCCACUACAAGGGAACAAGGACGUACAAUCCUCCAACAGAUUUCUCUGGACUUAGGCGAGCUGUGGAGCAGCAACUGGAGAACAAUACCACUCGGUCACCUAGACAGCCUGGGGUUAUCUACAAAGCACUAAAAGCUCUGAGUGACCGCUUCAGUGGGGAGAUCCCCGAUGACCAGAUGGCUCACAGCUCUUUCUUUCCAGAUGAAUAUUUCACAUGCUCCUCUGUGUGCCUCAGCUGUGGGUGUGGCUGUAAGAAGAGCAUGAACCAUGCAAAGGAAGGCAUCCCCCAUGAAUCCAAAAGUCGAUGCAGAUAUUCUCACCAGUAUGAUAACAGAGUCUAUACUUGCAAGGCCUGUUACGAACGAGGGAUGGAGGUCAGUGUGGUGCCAAAAACCUCUGCUUCCACUGACUCCCCUUGGCUGGGCCUUGCCAAGUACGCCUGGUCAGGAUACGUGAUUGAGUGCCCCAACUGUGGGGUAGUGUACCGCAGCCGACAGUACUGGUUUGGCAACCAAGAUCCUGUCAACACUGUAGUGAGGACAGAAAUUGAGCAUGUCUGGCCAGGGACUGAUGGAUUUCUGAAAGAUAACAAUAAUGCAGCCCAGCGUUUGUUGGAUGGCAUGAAUUUCAUGGCACAAUCAGUAUCUGAACUUAGCCUGGGACCCACAAAAGCUGUGACCUCCUGGCUGACGGACCAGAUUGCUCCAGCUUACUGGAGACCCAACUCUCAGAUCCUGAGUUGUAAUAAAUGUAACACACCUUUUAAAGAUAACGACACUAAACAUCACUGCCGGGCCUGUGGAGAGGGCUUUUGUGAUGGCUGUUCUUCCAAGACCCGUCCAGUGCCUGAGCGAGGCUGGGGACCAGCACCAGUGCGUGUGUGUGACAACUGCUAUGAAAACAGAGGCAUCCAGUUAGAUGUGGCUGAGCUGCCUUCAGAUGAGGAAGGGGGGACACUUAUUGCCAGAAAGGUGGGGGAAGCUGUGCAGAACACUCUUGGAGCAGUGGUGACAGCCAUGGACAUUCCCUUAGGUCUGGUCAAAGAUGCUGCCCGACCUGCAUACUGGGUACCAGACCACGAAAUCCUGCACUGCCACAACUGCCGGAAGGAAUUCAGUAUCAAACUUUCCAAACACCACUGUCGGGCCUGUGGCCAGGGAUUCUGUGAUGAAUGCUCACACGACCGCAGAGCGGUUCCCUCUCGUGGAUGGGAUCACCCAGUCCGAGUUUGCUUUAACUGCAAUAAAAAGCCUGGUGACCUUUAACCCCAGGCUUUUCUCCAGAUCUUUGCAAUUCCUUAUGUUCUCAGGGUUACAAAUGAAAAUAUCUGGUCUCCCUUUCACCUCUUAACCUGUUGCAGCCAGAGUGCAUGUUUCCAGUUUCUGGCCUCCUCUCGUGUUAUAUCCAUCUUGGAACACUGGGAAUGAGCUUAUGUUCAGCCUCUAGGUUUUAAUUUCAAAUUAAGUGGGGAAGGGAGAGAGCUCCCUUGUAAAUCAGCAAACCAAAAUCCAGUGUAUUUUAUUCAAAUUUAAAAUAUAUAUAUAUCUAUAUAUAUCUAUGUAUAAUUUAGUAUAUUAAGAAUGCAGUUGGCUAAUGAAGCUUUGAGUAUUCCUAGUUCAAAUGAUGGAUGGUGUUGUUCCUAACUAUACUGGAUCAGACUUUUGGCCUUCUGAUUCUUCUUGUGGAACGUCUUGCUGAUCAUGAUGUCCUGUGAGGAAGGUUUGGACUCUGUGCUGCCAGGAAAUCUCCAAUGUUGAUGUAUGAGUUUCGCCUGGUAAUUCAACCAACCGUACAUCUGGAGGUGCUGUACUUCUGGUGAUGGAAGAUUAAACCCAGAUUCAUUGGCAAGUUUCUUUGAACUGUGGUAUGAGCAGUGUGGUCUUGCAGUGCAAGAGGUAUCAAGUUGAAAUAGAUGCCCUGGUAGAGACCAGCGGAGCUCUGAAAGGUGAAGCAAAUCACAUGGCACAAGGCAAAGCAUUCUGAUUUUGCCGUUUCAACUUCAGUACCAGAUCAAAAGGUAGCAGGGUCUUGCUCUCCCUGACAAUGUUCUCAUGUACUCAGGUUUUCUUCAAGUUUCUCUGCCAGCUUGUUGCAGUUAAAAGUUUUGUCCAGAGCAGAACAGGAGAACAAGUUAUGUAGACAAUUCUGAAAUAUGAAGUUUGAGCUGUUUGGGUUGUGAUGACUUUUCUUUUCCCCCAAUUUUUAAGUGAUCCCGGAGUCUAUGGAGCCUGUGUGUUCUCAGACGUGGUUGCAUAGAAACUGCACAGAUUGGACUUACCUUUUCCUAAUAAUAUGAACUUAAAAAUCCACCUGGAAAAUGGGAACCUUUCUUCUUUGCUCCUAGCAACUGGCACUCACUGGACUUCAUCCUUUUAUUAAAGGACUGCAAUGAAUUCACUGAUUUUAUUAUCAAACCCACGACUUAACCUAACUAAUACUGUGUUGUACUGUGGAUUCGUGGUUCCAGUUAUGAGAAGUAAGAGACCAUUGUGGAUUGAACUGCCUAAAAUUCUCCCUUCUUGACUUACAUAGACAAGAAUUCUUCCACCACAUGAGAGCUGUCUCCUCUUGGAGUGGCUGCAGUUUGAUGCAAUGUCCCAGAACUGUGAUUUUUUUUUUUUUCCCCAGCUUAUUAAAUGUGCUCUUGUGUAGAUGAGUGCCCAACACCCUGGUUAGGACUGUAUUAUUAAAUUAACUGAUAUAAAAGACUUUAUCUUCUGAACAAGCGUACUGACUUUUUCCUUGUAACAAGUGGUCCCCAGUUUGUCUCUGAAAGAACAGACUCACAAAGCGACUGCCCCUUCACAACUACAUCCAACCUACACGUGGGAGUAGACUUGGAAGACGUUCCAAGACACUUUUGGUACUGGCUGAGUUUACUGGGGACUGCCUAAAUGUUUUUGUAAGCAAAGUCUGCCAUAAACGGACAGUUGCCCAAGGGAGGGCAUGAGUAGGUAGAAGUCCUCUCUUCAAAGACAUUCUGCACAUCCAGCAUAAUUCUGUGCUUCAAAGUAUUUUUAUUUUUUUAAUGGAUGAGCAAUGUGUUCUUGGUUUGUAGGCUGUGCCCUGUGUGCCCUUUAUGCAUGUGGCUUCACUACCAUGUUAAUGCACAAAGAGAAAGCAGCCAUGACAUUCCUUGUAUAAAAUCUUUGGCAUCUGUUUCAACAACUUGUCUGAUUUUUUAUUUUUUUUUUUGCUUUGUCACAGCCAGAAUUGCUACUUGGUAAAAGAGAAUAUAUUGUCUAAACAUUUUGAAUACAUAUGUGAUCUUAGUAACUUA